AUGAAAAAGAACCACUUACCAUGGAACUAUACCAUGGAAUGGGAUGUACCAUCAGAAAGUCUUUAUUCAAUUCUCAAUUGUGCAUUACGAGAUGCUGAUCGACAAAACUUGCGACCAUGGUACCGUUAUCUCAAAUUAUUUCUUACUGCUUUGUAUAAACUUCCAUCCAUUCCACAUCAAACGGUUUGGCGUGGUGUCAGAGAAGAUUUAAGUGAUGAAUAUUGUGUAGGUGAUGAACGAGCAUGGUGGGCACUGAGUUCGUGUACAACAUCAUUGAAAGUUCUAGAAUCUUCAAUAUAUUGCGGCAAGAGCGAUACACGUACAUUAUUCUCAAUCGAAUCAUUUCCUGGCAAAAUUCAGCUGAAAACGAACUUGUGCUAA